AUGUUACUCAAAAGUGCGAAUGUUUGCUUUAUAUACUUCUUGUCAUCAUUGAUUGUGACUCUUGCCGGUCGUGAUUUUUACCAAAUCCUCGGUGUGUCACGUUCGGCCAACACCAAUGAAAUCAAGAAAGCUUACAGAAAAUUAGCAAAAGCACUACAUCCAGAUAAAAAUCAAGAUGAUCCAGAAGCAUCCCAAAAGUUUCAAGACCUAGGAGCAGCUUACGAGGCAUUAUCAGACCCUGAGAAAAGGGAAAUGUAUGAUAGGUGUGGGGAGGAGUGUCUGAAGAAGGAUGGCAUGAUGAAUAAUAAUGAUCCUUUUGCUAGUUUCUUUGGAGAUUUCGGUUUUCACUUUGGUGGCGAACCCCAACAGCAUGAGACUCCAAGAGGUGCAGAUGUCAUUAUGGAACUCAGUGUUUCAUUAGAAGAACUCUAUAAUGGAAACUUUAUUGAAAUUACUCGGAACAAACCAGUUAUAAAGCCAGCACCUGGUACUAGGAAGUGUAAUUGUAGGCAAGAGAUGGUGACCAGGAACCUAGGCCCUGGGCGUUUUCAAAUGAUGCAACAAACUGUAUGUGAUGAAUGUCCUAAUGUUAAACUAGUCAAUGAAGAAAGACUGCUGGAAGUAGAGGUAGAAGUAGGUGCCCCAGAUGAUCAUAAGUCACGAUUGAGAGGUGAGGGAGAGCCCCACAUGGAUGGAGAGCCAGGAGACUUAAUCUUUGUUUUUAAAACUGAAAGGCACCCACAGUUCACGCGGAAGGGUGAUGACCUUUACACAAAUGUAACAAUUUCAUUACAGGAUGCUUUGACUGGUUUCACAUUAGAAAUUGUUCACUUGGAUGGACACAAAGUCAGUGUAUCUCGCGACAAGGUGACAUGGGCUGGAGCGCGUGUGCGUAAGAAGGGAGAGGGCAUGCCUAACUUUGAGAACAACAAUCUACAUGGUAACCUGUAUGUCACUUUCGACAUAGAAUUCCCAAAGAAAGACUUCUCUGAUGAAGAAAAAGAAGCUUUGAGAAAAUUACUAAAACAGUCGCCGAAUAAUAAAGUAUACAAUGGACUC